AUGGUCACAGGAAGUUCCGGUGCCGUGCUGGGUAUGCCACAGGUCAAAGAAAUGGUCUACGAGAACAGAAAGACAUACGCUGAGAAGCACGGUCUCGAAUUUAUGUGGGCAAACAUGACAAGCUACAACAUGCCCAAUGGCGCGCCGAUAUACUGGAACAAGAUCCCGGUUCUCAAAGAAGCCUUCGAGCGCUUCCCGGAUGCCGAAUGGGUGUGGUGGAUGGAUAUAGAUAUCAUCAUCAUGAACACGACACUGAACGUCUACGACCAUGUCCUUUCCAAGGAGGGAUUGGCUCGCAAUAUCCUUCUCGACCGUGAGAUGACUGGCGCGGGGGGUGGCAAAACUGGCUAUAGCACCCCGGCUACCUAUAAGCGCGACGAUAUCAAUUUUGUCAUCUCGCUGGAUAACUGGGGUAUGAACGUUGGCAACUUUCUGAUGCGACGGGGCGAGUGGAGCAACUGGCUACUCAAUCUGUGGAUUGAGCCACUUUAUAUCUCUCAGAACUGGGUGUUUCCGGAGAACGACGCUUGGACGCAUAUGUGGCAGUAUCACGAUAUUGUGCGGGAUCAUGCGGCGGUCAUGACCCAGCGCUCGAUGAAUGCUUAUCCGGACUAUAAUGCCCUUGGAGAACAUUGGCAGCCGGGCGAUCUCAUUGUUCACUUUGCGGGGUGCGGUUCCGCGGCGAUUUGCGAAGAAAAGUGGAAUCAAUAUUGGAAUAUGCGGGAGAAGGUUGAGGUCCCGAUGUCUGUUCGGAGGAAGUUGGAGGAUGGCACGGCUGAGAUUGAGGACACUCAGGCUGGCGUCGGGCUGCCGUGGAUCUAA